UAUAAUUUUUAUUUAAUCAACUAUCAGUUAGAUGUCAUGGUUUUAUUGUAUUUUUUUUUACAUAAAACUGUUGCUGGUACCACAUGCUUAAUGCGUAGGUGUAGACAUCAGCAUUUUGUUGUUUUGGAAGAUCAUCUUAAAAUUUUUUUCCACAUCCAAUUAAGAAGGAAAAAAAAAAAACAAUUAUUAAGAGUUUUGAAAAAAGUCUCUCAAUUUUUCUAUCUUAUGCAUCAAACAAAGUUAAUUUUCAAACAAAGAUUAUUAAAUUUACGACGUUAAAUUUUUUUUCGAGAACCUUUAAGUUUUUUUAGAAAAAAAAGGUAGGGUCAAACCCCUUCUACAACGGAAAACCCCUCUCCUUCAUCCUUUCUCGUCUCCAUCUCGAGAACGUGAACGUUCCAUCUUACCACCAUUUGGUACCACCACAGCGGACAACCGGUAAGUCUUCACUUUCCGACCGUCCGACGCUUCCACAACCAUGCCCGCGGCCCUCUGAGCCCUCUCCAUUCUGUGACGAACGUCGUCGAACAGGUGAGCUUAUCAGGUUUAGUCUCUCUCUUUCUCUCUCCCUCUCUCCCUCUCUCUCGGUUUAAGGCUGCUGGCCGGCAGCCAUUGCCGCUGCCAUCGACAGUCAUUUCCUCUCUCUCUCUCUUUCUCUCUCUGCUGCAAGCCUGCAACAAGGGCCCUGGUUGUCAUUAUUAUUCCCCUCGCCGCCUGCCCCUUUCGGUGAGUGCAGGGGUGGACUCCGUCGCCUCAACACACCCUGGUUGUCGACUCUCGUGGGAAGGCUUUGGGCUGCAGCGGACCCCACCGUGUCAGCCGCAGAUUGCCACUCACCCUGGCGGGGAAGCAGUUUUGGUUGCAAUUCACAGACACUGAUAGUUAGCUUUAUUGACUGAUAGGAUCGAUCAUUUUGGUAGUUUUUCGAAUUUUGCUAUGCCAGUUUAAGUAUGUCAUUCUCGUUUUCCACUUCGGUUUCUAGUGUAGCAUUGAUUUUUUCUUUCGUUUGACAGAGAAUCUCAUUUUGUUAUCGUUUUUUUCUUUUGUUUGACAGAGAUUGCUUUCUCAUUGUGAGAUUAGUUUCUCUUGUUGUGAGUUUUUUAUUUUCAUCAUCGUGUACCCGUGUGUUUCUAGGUAGCCACCUUUAAUUUAUGUGAUUAAUCUGCGAUUCUGCAUUGCCCUUAAUGUCCUAAAUAAUGAUUUCUAAUCAUAAGUGUUAAAGUUGUUAAUGACGUAAAUACUAAAGCCAGUGUAACUAUGAUCCACCUUCAUUUUGGUCUCUUUCACCAUUCCACUCUACUGCUGCUUCUUUAAGAACGAGAGAAAAUUCCGGAUCCAGGUAUGCAUCAUUUCCCUGCCUGGUGUGCCAGAAAGAGUUUUUUAUGUUCAUCCAUGCAGGAAGUUUUUUGCUAGAUCUUCAAAUUGUGGGAAACUAUUGACCAUAAAUUUAUAUAAAAGUGGCUGCAGGUCACCCCAUGAGCAGGUGGGUGCAAUUAAGAACCCAUAGCAAAAAUCAGUGAAGAAUUAAGAGAGAUCUUAGUUUUCGUCUCGUGUAGUCCUCCAAAUUCACUAUCUUUGUGACUGCGAAUCUCAUUGCUGCUGGCUGUACUGACAGCGACCGACACCAGUCCAGGGAUGGUGCCUCAUCAUGGCAUUUUGCUUGCUGUUGAUAUCAUCUCCACCAGUUUUGGGGACAUUGUAGGGAAAGUAUGUAAUUGCCUUCUAGAAAAAGGAGCUCUCACGAUACAGGAUUUGGCUCGAUUUACCAAACUCAAACCCAGCCAGUUGAAAAACUCCCUUUUAGUGUUGAUUCAGCACAACUGUGUGCAAGCAUUCACACGUUCUACAGAUGAUGGUAGUUCAGCUACUCAAAGGGUCUUGACAGAGUAUGUUGCACUUUUUGACAAUAUUCUUCAUCGUCUUCGGUUUUCUAAGUUUUUGAAACUUAUCAGGGAAAAGUUUGAUUCCCAGUGCGAAAAUAUUAUGAGGAUCCUGCUAGAGCAUGGUAGACUAACAUUUGAUCAAGUAUUGACAAGGGGAGUUUGGAUAUCAAACGAAGAAGUUUUGGAUGGUUCAGAUGCUAAAGAUUCUGUUAGGGCCAAUGUAGUUAAGCUGGCUCAGGCACACUUUCUAGAACGCUGCCCUAACCCUAAUCCAUCAAUUGUUUCAAGCCCGGAUACUAAUCCAAAAAAGAAGUUUGCACGUGGAGUUAAGGCUAUGGAGGAGAUAGUGACUGAUGAGCAGCUGGCUGUUGCAGCAGCCAUUUGUUCAGAUUCUCAGCGGUUCUAUUUUCCUAUUCAAGGUGUUGGUGGUGCAUCUGAAGUGAUGGAGGAUGAACAGCCAAGUGCAACAGUUGGACAAAAGCGCAAACAUGUAGCGUUUGAGAUGGAUGCUGAAACUAUGGCUUCUGUUUGUGAGAAGGAAGUACUUUGGCGUGCGAACUUUGAUGAGUUCAUUCGCUGCCUAAGAAAUAAGGCUUGUGUGGGAAGUAUAAGACGACGAUUGGAUGUUGGUGCUGGCACCAUCUUAGAAGCUGUUUUGGAGGCAACGAGGCUUUCGGAAGAAAAUCUCAAAAUUGAGCGUACUGCUCCAUUGUCAAUAGAUGCCAUUUUGCAAGCUGUAAGGGAACAUCCAGAAGGUCUUGCAAUGACACGUGAGCAUGUCAGAGCUGCCCUUGACCAAAUUGGCCUUGUCUCUUGCAGUGGAGGGAUAGAAGAAUCCUACAGCAUUAACUUAAGAGACAUCAUUGAAGCUGCAAGAAAUGAUGAGGUGGAAUCAAUUGUGUUGAAGCGACAUGGAAGAGAUAGCUAUAGGAUAUUUCGGUUGUUAUCGAUGAAGGGCUGCUCAUUUGAUGUAAAAGAGGUAGCUGACUAUGCACUUAUAGAAACAAAGAAAGCGGCAGAAUAUCUUCAUAAACUCUCAAAAGAUCAUUACCUCCAUAUGGAAUCAAUCAAACAUCCUCAAGGACAAUCCCAGUGGCUAUGCUUGUGGAAAGUGAACAAAAAUAUUGUUUGGGAGCAUGUUCUUGAUGAUAUGUACCAUGCUGCUGUAAAUUUGAGCCGGCGGCUUACUUUUGAGAUUGAACAAGAGCGAGAGAUAACAAAACUUGUUAAAAACCAAAUGGCAAGUAGGGCACAGAUUACGAAGCUGACCAAAAUGAAGCGUAUCAUACAUGUCAUCGAAGCAUCUGUUCUCAAGAUUGAUGAUUCUCUAAUGCUCUUCCGUGAUUUUUAGGCAGCCUCAGAACUCUUCUUCAAGGACAAAAGUGCAACUGAGGUGGUACAUGCUGCGGUGUUGCUUGGAAGUGCAUUGAAUUGAAUAAAAAGGGGGAGAAGGCGCUGAAGGAUCUAUUCUUCAAUGUAAAAAAUGUUUUGUUUCUGGUGGAGCCAUGGCCACUAAAAAAUGAGGUAAGUGGGAGCUCCACUCAGUGGUUGUAAAAAGUUGUGUUAUGUAUACAUUUCUCUUUCUGGUUGGCUAUCAUUUCCUUUAUGAUGGCAUAUUAGAUGAAUUACUAAAAUUAAAAUUUUCUCAAUGUCACAGAUUAAUGUCUCGCUAGGAUAGAUUUUUUUUAACUUUUAAGCUUUACGUGAGCUGGACAAUCUUUCGUGGCAUGAAUUCGUGGUACUUGAUAAUUAACGGUACCAGUUCAUAAGUUUUGUAACCUAUGUAGACCUAGAUCAAAAUGAGGUAUGUAUAUUUGUUUAA